UUUAAGUAUUUUACUGCUGUGGAACUCUCUGAUUUCGUUGCUUGUUUGCAGUGAUUUACAAUUUGAUUUCAUUCUAAAAUUCUGCCAGAGCCCAGAAUCGAAUUGGGUCUUCAGCUUUCCUUCUUUCCUUCCUUUUGCGAAUUCAUCUUUGUCCCAUAUAAGCUGCAGAGAAGAGAACAGAAGAGCACUGUUUCAUGUUUUCUGUUUUGAAGUUAUGGAGCGCUAUGAGAUACUGAAAGAUAUUGGGUCUGGGAACUUUGGGGUUGCCAAACUUGUUGUAGAUAAGUGGACUAAGGAACUCUAUGCUGUGAAGUAUAUUGAGAGAGGGCAGAAGAUUGAUGAAAAUGUGCGAAGGGAGAUUAUGAACCAUAGAUCCUUGACGCACCCCAAUAUAGUUAGAUUCAAGGAGGUUGUGCUGACUCCUACUCAUCUAGCCAUAGUCAUGGAAUAUGCUUCUGGUGGGGAACUCUUUGAAAGGAUCUGCAAUGCUGGUAGAUUCAGUGAGGACGAGGCAAGGUUCUUCUUUCAGCAAUUGAUAUCAGGAGUCAGUUACUGCCACUCUAUGCAAAUCUGCCACAGAGAUCUUAAGUUGGAAAACACACUCUUAGAUGGGAGCUCUGCACCACGACUAAAAAUAUGUGACUUUGGGUAUUCCAAGUCAUCUGUCUUGCAUUCUCAACCAAAAUCUACUGUAGGAACACCAGCCUAUAUUGCACCGGAGGUAUUAUCUAGAAAGGAAUAUGAUGGCAAGAUUGCAGAUGUUUGGUCUUGUGGAGUCACUUUAUAUGUAAUGUUGGUUGGAGCUUACCCCUUUGAAGAUCCUGAUGAUCCAAGGAACUUCCGAAAGACAAUUGGGCGGAUACUUAAUGUCCACUACUCAAUUCCAGAUUAUGUUCGAGUAUCCAUGGAUUGUAAGCAUCUCCUUUCUCGAAUUUUUGUGGCUAACCCUGAAAAGAGAAUAACCAUUCCAGAAAUUAAAAACCAUCCAUGGUUCUUGAAGAACUUGCCAAUAGAACUCAUGGAAAGAGAAGAAGGAAGCUUUCUGAAUAAUGAUAUAAAGGAUACAUCCCAAAGCAUUGAAGAGGUACUGUCUAUAAUACAAGAAGCAAGGAAACCUACUGAUCAGGGAUUCAAAAUUGGUGGCCAUUUUAUUGGGGGCAGUAUGGAUCUUGAUGACAUUGAUGCAGAUACAGACAUAGAUGAGAUUGAAACAAGUGGUGAUUUUGUUUGUGCAUUAUGAGGAUGGGUUGCAUCCAAACUGAUCUGGUUGUUGAUCCCUUGAGGAUGAACUAUUCUGUCC